AUGAUAGUCCCUGAAGGAAUUCCUCGAUAUAUAAUCUUCAAAAGGAGGUGGCUAGUAUUGUUUGCUUUCUGCUUUUUUACGUAAAAGAUUUCGUAAAAAUAGAUUUACAAAUGCCUUUGGAUUCGUCCAAUACUCUCCCAUUUUAACUCUGGCAGCUGAAUACUAUGGAGUUCAGGAUGAAGAUGUAGUUUGGUUUAGCAAUUGUUACUAUCUCUCGUACUUUGCAGUAUGUCCUUUUACAAUAAAACCUCUCGAAAAGAGGUUAGAUAUAUCAUUAAUCUUUGCCUCUCUAAUAUCUAUGAUAGGUACAAAAUUUAUAAAAACAAUAUAGGUUAAUGGAUGAUAUAUAUAUGCAAAUAGCAGUACUCAGUUGCUCUGAUAGGUUUUAUUUUGAUUGGUCUGGGUUAAACAUUUACUUUAGCAGCACCUGCAUGUAAUAAAUAAUAGAAGGUUUUAGUUAUCUCUGAUCGUUGGUUUCCCAUUGAGGAACGUACUUUAUCAACGAGUUUGGGUAGUUUCUUUAACUUAGUUGGAUUAAAUUUCUCAAUCGUUUAUGCUUCACUUUCAUUUAAAAAUACUUAUGAUUAUGAAGGAAUACAAAAUAAGAUUGAAUAAAUGAAUCUUUUAUUUUCUAUAUUAGCCACAUGUUCAUUGAUGUUUUGUGUUCUGUUGAUAAGAAAUAAACCUUAAUCUCCACCAUCGAAAUCAGCGGUAUUAGUAUUUAAUAACAAUGAAAAGAUUUUCGACAAAAUGUAAAUAAUCCCAUCCUUUAAGUCAGCUUUUAGUAGUUUAGAAGUGACAAUGGAUUUAUUGACCUUCUCAAUUUUCAUCGGAGUAUCCUGGGCAUAUAUGGUAGUGAUAGCUAUCCUCUUGGUUCCUUUCAAUUACACAAUUGAGCAAAUAGGUUAUGUGAGUAUAGUCUAUGCAGCAACAGGAACGAUUGGAGGGACAGCUGCGAGCAUUUACAUGGACCAUUAAGUCAAGAAUCAUCAAUAACCUAACUACGAUUAUUUGAUUAAAAUUUUCCUUACAAUUGGAGUCUUCGGAAUCUUAAUAAAAUCCCUAAUCAUUAACUAUGUUAGUGAUAUUGUCAUAGUGAUACUAUCAGGAAUCAUAGGAUUGGGGCUGAACUCUUUUCUCCCCUUAGCCUUACAGUGCUAUAUAGAGAAACUAUUUCCAUCAUUUGAAUUGGUUCUCACAACCAUAAUAAUGCAGAUGUCAAAUGUAUAUUGUUAGGAUUCAUUAUUUUUAUAGCUCUUAGGAUUCGUUUUAAAUUACAUCUUAAUCUUAGACGUGUUCCUAGAUGUAGGACUGUAUGUAAUUUUGAUAGGAUUAAGUCCCUUUUACAUUUACUUGAUCUUCUUUUACAAGACUAAAUUUAAAAGAUUGUAAAUAGAGUAGGAACUUGAGCUUCAUACAAUGUGA